AUGGAGGGAUGGAGAGGGACGGAGGCCAUGAAAACAUUUAGACAGAUUGGAGCUCCUGUUGAGAGAUUGCAACACGCGGACCAUGGAGAUGAAAAUAGUACGUCUUUCUUUACCUCCCUCUCCUUUACCCUCACACUCUCUCUCCCUCUCCUCUAGUUACCUCAUGUUAGCAUAAGCUCUUGUUAGCUUUUCCAUGCAGUAUGUAGAGCAGUGUCUUGGGGUGAAUAUCCAUACUUCUCCCAGUAGGAGAUAAUGUAAUAAACUCUGGAUUCACUGGACAAACUAAAACCUCCAUUGUAUCAGAGCAUUAUAAAGUGCAUUAUAAAGUCCCCUUUGGAUGUGAUUUGUUGUGCACACACACACACACACACACACACACACACAGUUUCUGAUUAGGAUAUUUGUGCUGUGUUUUACAACCUGUUGCAAAGCACACUUUUCCAGGAAUCCUUCUUUCCGUCCGAUGUGUGUGUACUGAAGCAUUCUGAAUGGAUCAUUGGCACUGGGACACUGCUGCCUGUGUGUUCUGUCUGAAUGCCUGCUCUACUGACAAAGGCCAGAGGCUCCAUUGUGCCUAAUCCUUCAAGUGUGUAUGUGUGCUUGUGUGCGUGCAUGAUUGAGAAUAUAGGGCAAGGUGAAUCAAGCUCUAGACUGAGAUGGCCUUGGGGUCACUAUGGUGAUGAGAAAGGCCCAUACUACCUCUGUAGCUAAAUAUAAUUCAGUCACACUACAAUAGCAAACAAGCAGCCAUUGGCUAAAUGAGCCUGCUGGAGGGUAGCUCUCCAGGAAUAGUGUUGGACAGUGGACACCCAUGCUUUUGACCCUAGUACACUAUUGAAAACACUUUUGAAACCCUAUUGAAAACGCUAUUGAAAACACUAUUGAAAACACUAUUGAAAAGCAAGAAACAAAACAAGCCAAAAUGACUGAUAUGAGCUUGUUCUUUAUGGUUUGGACUGGGAGUGGGCUGACUGUUGCGUGGUACGCUCUUAGAAAAAAAGAUACUAUCUAGAACCUGAACUGGUUUUUCAGCUGUCCCCAUAGUAGAACCCUUUGAAGAACCCUUUUUGGUUCCAGAUAUAACCCUUUUGGUUACAUGUAGAAUCCUUUCCACAGAGGAUUCUACAUUGAACCCAAAAGGGUUCUACCUGGAACCAAAGAGGGUUCUACCUGGAACCAAAAAAGGUUAUCCUAUGGGGACAGCCGUAGAAUCAUUUUGUAACCCUUUUUUUCUAAGAGUGUAGGGGAAAACAGCCCAUUCUUAUCUGUGGAGACAAAAUGUGUUUACCUUGGACUGAUAUAAACUACUGUGUUAGGUUGUGUCUCAAAUUACACCCUAUAACCCAUGUAAUGAGGUAACACUCAUAGGGUGUGAUUUAUGAAUUUUUCCUCAGAUUGAUGAGGCAUGGAGAAGUGGUUAGGGGUAGAGGCUAGUAGGUCAAUUGCAGAUGUAAGUCACUUGACUACAGAUGGGGACUUCCCUCUGUGUGUGUGUGUGUGUGUGUGUGUGUGUGUGUGUGUGUGUGUGUGUGUGUGUGUGUGUGUGUGUGUGUGUGUGUGUGUGUGUGUGUGUGUGUGUGUGUGUGUGUGUGUGUGUGUGUGUGUGUGUGUGUGUGUGUGUUGGUAUUGUGAAAGUCUUCCGCUAUUUUCUGCUCUCUACACUCACGUGAUAUUGAGAUGAGCAGGGGAUCAGUUAGUGUGUUUGUCUCUUUCUCUGAACAUUUUUAAAUUGUUGAUUAUUUGUGUACUUGUUAGACAUUUUACUGCAUUGUUAGGAGCUAGUAACAUAAGCAUUUCACUGCACCCGCUAUGACAUCUGCUAAACUGUGUAUGCGAUCAAUAAACUUUGAUUUGAUUUGAUUUACACAAUCAAUACAAAUUUACAACAUUUAUAAACACAAAAUACAAAAUGUUCUUACAAAACCUACAAAACACAAUCAUAAAAAACAAACACAUUCUUCAGUAAAAAGGUCAGCAAUUAGCCACUUGAAUUGCCCUAGCAGCACCAAAACAUAACAUUUUUAGAGAGAUUUCUGGAGAUUAUUCCACCUCUGGCCUUCUGCUUUCUCACAGACUCAUACUGUAUCACAGCCUGCUAUAUAACUGGGCUAUUCUCUCCUGUUCUACACAACAGGACAAAACACAGGGGGAGGACGAGAGAGGGGAGGAGGACAGAUAUGAAAAGAGGGGAAAUGGAGAGGAUGGACAUAUCAAAAUAAUUUACGUUCAAACUUGGAUUGUUUACACAAAGUGUUUCUUCAUUUCAUCAACAUUAGAUGUUCAGCUGGCAUGUUUACACUAACCUCUCCCUCUCUCUCUGUCCACUCUUUGUCUCUUUCAGGGCUGACUGCAGCUAAGCUGUUGAAGGAGAAAGGGCUGUGUCCUGUGGUUCUGGAAGCUAGAGAUCGGGUUGGUGGACGGACCUUCACCAUACAGGUAAAACCUCUGUCAGACCAAAGGCAAAGUGCCAGUCAAAGUGUAAUCCCUAUAAGAAUCCAGUUUUCUCUCUAUGUCAGAAAACCUGAUGACAGUACUAUUUAUUUGAGCCAGGUACCUCUCUAGAUGCUGUUUAACAGCUACACAUUUUUUAAUAACGUAAGCAUUUUUAUGCAACUGAUUUAAACAAAAUUGAUCUCUGGGAUUAGGAUUGCCCACUGCUUGUCUGAUGAACCCUCUCUCUCUCUCUCUCUCUCUCUCUCUCUCUCUCUCUCUCUCUCGCCAUCCCUCCCUCUCUCCCCCUCUCUCUCUUUCUCUCUCCAGAAUGAGCAGACUAAGUAUGUUGACCUGGGUGGGGCCUACAUCGGGCCUACACAGAAUCGGAUCCUCCGAUUGGCUAAAGAGUACGGAGUCGAGACCUACAAAGUCAACGAGGAGGAGAGGCUGGUGCAUUAUGUAAAGGUGUGUGCACGCCUAUGUUCACAUGCUGAAACCCAGUGUGGGACCACAUAG